AGCCUGCACCCGAUCUCAAGCACACACUCACACACUUGCACACAUAAACAACUAACGACGUACGAUGUACGACAAGGCAUGGGAGUAAAUCUCAACUGCUUCGUGCAAAAGAAUCACUUUGUUCCAUCUCAGAGAAACCAUAUAGGCUAAAGCAGCCAUCACUAAGGUAACAGAAUCCAAGUGUGCAUGUGAGGGGCGGAGCUGACCAGGAAACCUCCUCAAGCCCCUCCCCUUGACCCCAAGACCUCAAGCAAACUUGGGAAACCCAAGAGACUUUCUCUCUCUCUCUUAAAUUCUCUCUCUCCCUCUCUCUCACACACAAACACACACACACACACUUUGGCACACACAAUCUCACAGGCCACACGCCUAAGAACACUACUCAUAUUCGCAUACCAGUUCUGUGGAAGUUGCGUGUGUAUGUGAGUGUGUGUGUGUGUGUGUGUGUGUGUGUGUGUUUAGUUACGAGAAAGGGAGCUGUGCCUAGAACCACUUGAAGACCGUUCAGCUCUGUUCUUAUGCGGACUUGUUCUAACUGGUUCUAAAGACGUUCUAAACUGUGGAAUUUUCAUCAGAAGAGGUUCUCUACUGAAGAAGACUAAAUAGUGAAGCCCUGGGUUUUUUGUUGGAGCUGUAUUCUUAGGAGGUCCAGUCUGAAGAGGUUGUAUUCUGUCUUAAAGAGGAACCAUGUCUCCAUUCUUGCGGAUCGGGUUCUCCAACUUUGAGAUGGACCCUGGGUUGGCCUAUCAUGAGGAAGUGUCGAACCCCUACUGCGCAGUUUACAUGAAGGAGGCUGUGGAUACAGAGAAAGGCACCAUGUACAAGCAGAAGCGGCCCACCAUGUACCCUCCGUGGGCCAGCACCUUUGACGCGCACGUGCACCGGGGCCGGGUGAUGCACGUGGUGGUGAAGGACCGGACGGCCAGCCUGAAGACCGAGGCCAGCGUGCAGCUGGACACACUGGCCACCCGCUGCAAGAAGGAGAACGGCAAGCUGGAGAUAUGGGUCGAGUUAAAACCACAGGGUCGCUUGCUGAUGGAGGCGCGUUACUUUCUGGAGAGAUGUGAUGCUAGUGGUCAUGGGGAGGGGGCCGAGCGAGACGGAGAUGGCCUGGCGGAGCAGGAGAGUGAGGGCAUGUUCGAGCUGCACCAGCGGAGAGGGGCCAUCAAACAGGCCAAAGUUCAUGUGGUCAAAUGUCACGAGUUCACCGCCACCUUCUUCCCCCAGCCCACCUUCUGCUCCGUCUGCAAGGAGUUCGUCUGGGGUUUGAAUAAACAGGGAUACCAGUGCAGACAAUGCAAUGCUGCCAUCCAUAAGAAGUGUAUUGAAUAUGUCAUUGCCAAAUGCACCGGCUCUGCCGUCAACAGCAAGGAAACCAUGAUCCACAAGGAGCGCUUUAAGAUUGACAUGCCUCACAGGUUUAAGGUGUACAACUACAAGAGCCCCACCUUCUGUGAGCACUGUGGAACACUGCUGUGGGGACUGGCCAAACAGGGACUCAAGUGUGAGGAGUGCGGCAUGAACGUCCAUCAUAAAUGCCAGAAGAAAGUGGGCAACCUGUGUGGGGUCAACCAGAAGCUGAUGGCAGAAGCCCUCGCCCACAUCGAGAGCACACAGCAGGCACGUACCUCCAAGGAUAGUGAGAUCAUCGGGAGGGAGGGGCCAGUCGGCAUUGGGCAGCCAGGAGUGGUCAGGGAGCCGUCAGGGUGUGUGCCCUGUUUGCCCUCUCACACCGCAGUGGGGAAGAAAGAGCAGGGUAUUUCAUGGGACAGUCCUGCGGAGGGGGGGGCACCUCGACUCCCCCCACACAGGGUGCAGGAAGAGCCUCUCUACGCCGUCCCCAGGAAAGAACUGCACAAGUUCGUCCUGGACGACUUCAAACUGCACAAGAUGUUGGGGAAAGGCAGCUUCGGCAAGGUGUUUCUGGCAGAGCUCAAGAGCUCGGGGCAGUUCUUUGCGGUGAAGGCGCUGAAGAAGGACGUGGUGUUGAUGGAUGAUGACGUGGAGUGCACCAUGGUGGAGAGGAGGGUGCUCUCUCUAGCGUGGGAACACCCCUUCCUCACACACCUCUACUGCACCUUCCAGACCAAGGAAAAUCUUUUCUUCGUCAUGGAGUAUCUGAAUGGAGGGGACCUGAUGUUUCACAUCCAAUCCUGUCACAGAUUUGACAUACCCAGAUCAACGUUCUAUGCUGCAGAAAUAGUGUGUGCGCUUCAGUUCCUACAUUCCAAGGGCAUUGUGUACAGAGACCUGAAGCUGGAUAAUAUUCUGUUGGACAUGGACGGCCACAUUAAGAUCGCUGAUUUUGGGAUGUGCAAAGAGAACAUGCAUGCAGAGGCAAGGACAUCGACCUUCUGUGGGACUCCAGACUACAUUGCUCCUGAGAUUUUACUCGGGCAGAAGUACAGUCACUCUGUCGACUGGUGGUCCUUCGGAGUCCUGCUGUUUGAGAUGCUGAUUGGCCAGUCACCAUUCCACGGACACGACGAGGAAGAACUCUUCCAGUCCAUCCGCACAGACGAUCCCCACUACCCUCGCUGGCUGCCCGGAGACGCCAAGGACCUCCUGAUUAAGCUGUUUGUGCGGGAGCCUGAGAGGCGGCUGGGGGUGCGAGGGAACAUCCGCACGCACGCCUUCUUCAGAGACACCGACUGGGUCGCCAUGGAGAAGAGGCAGGUGGAGCCUCCCUUCAGGCCCACAGUGAAAAGUGCGAGUGACUGCAGUAACUUUGACAAAGAGUUCAUCAACGAGAAGCCCCGUCUGUCCUGUGCAGACCGCACCCUCAUCAACAGCGUGGAUCAGACCAUGUUCAACAACUUCUCCUUCGUCAACCCAGCAAUGGGACGCAUUAAGAGUGCUUAAAACACACACACACACGUGCAAACCUACAUACAAAUACACAGAAAUGGAACACACACACCACAAACACACACACACACACACACAGACACACACACACAUUCAAAGACAUCCAUUUCCUCUUUUCAGCUCAACCAUGGUGUGGUUGGAGUGUGUGUGUGUGUGGGGGGGGGGU